AUGGAGACUACAACUCGUCGAGUGAAGAUGUCUUUCGAAACAGGGUUGUUAUGGAAGUAUGAUCACUUUUCAUUCCCGGACAGCUAUCCAAUGGCGGUACGAAUGAUGGCCUUAGAAACGCGAUUGAGUAGAGAUCAUGUCCUUGAAGCUAAAGUGAAGGAGACGAUUGCACAGUAUGAAGCAAAGGGAUAUGCACACCGGAUCACCCCUGAAGAACUCCAAACGACAGAUUCAAGUAAGGUAUGGUACUUGCCACUAGGAGUGGUGCAAAAUCCGAAGAAACCAAAUAAAAUUCGGCUUAUUUGGGAUGCUAAAGCGCGAACGGGAGGAGUCUCUUUCAACGACAUGUUGAUGAAAGGACCAGAUCUGUUGGUGGCAUUGUUGUCCGUAGUUCUCCGCUUUAGGCAAAGAAAUAUUGCGGUGGUAGGGGACAUAAAAGAGAUGUUCCACCAGAUAUUUAUUAGGUGUGCGGAUAAGCAGUCUCAAAGGUUUCUGUUUCGAAAGUCUCCAGAGUUGUCUCCUCAGAUCUACGUAAUGGACGUAGCCACAUUCGGUGCAACCUGCUCGCCUAGUCUGGCGCAGAACGUUAAGAAUAAUAACGCAGCAGAGUUCACCGAAAGAUUUCCAAGGGCGGCGAAAGCUAUUAUAGAGAACCAUUAUGUAGAUGAUUUCCUGGACAGCGUAGAUUCAGAAGCGGAAGCAGUACAGCUGGUCAACGAAGUAAAGUACGUGCACUCACAAGCGGGGUUUGAGAUCCGAAACUUUUCUUCCAACUCCGUUGAAGUUCUGGCUGAAAUCGGAGAGCAAAGAGCGCCACAAACGGUGUCCCUGAAUCUGGAGAAAUCCUCAGAAAUGGAGAGAGUGUUGGGUAUGGUUUGGAGGCCGACCGAGGACAUCUUUACCUUCGACCUAAGUACAAUGAAGGACGAGGUUAGAGCGCUGAUUGCAGGUUCAGUUACACCAACCAAACGACAAGUUCUGAAGGUCAUAAUGUCGCUAUUUGACCCAUUGGGGCUUAUUUCCCAUUUUGUCGUCCGAGGGAAAAUUUUGAUGCAGCUAAUCUGGAGAUCCGGAACGGAUUGGGAUGAACUGAUAUCGGAAGACCUUCGAGAAAAGUGGGAUUGUUGGUGUCGUUCUAUGCAGAAUCUGGACGAGGUGGCGGUGCCUCGGUGUUAUUUUAAAGGAAUUCACAGUUCUCAUCUUGGUAAUAUAGAGACCCACAUGUUUGUUGAUGCGAGCGAACUAGCAUGUGCUGCAGUUCUUUACCUCCGAAUUGCUGAUAGUGGUCAACCUCGUUGCGCACUAGUAGCGGCGAAAACAAAAGUCGCCCCGUUGAAGCCUCUGUCAGUGCCUCGUCUUGAGUUACAAGCUGCGAUGAUUGGAACGAGAUUAUUGAGUAGUGUUCUGACAUCCCUGGAUCUUCCUGUGUCGAGGCGAUUCCUGUGGUGCGACUCGUCAACCGUACUUUCGUGGUUGAGAUCUGACAGUCGUCGGUAUCACCAGUUUGUGGCCUUCCGAGUAGGGGAAAUUCUUACGUCGACCAGCAUGGAUGAGUGGAACUAUGUGCCCUCCAAACUCAAUGUGGCUGAUACCGCUACCAAGUGGAAAUAUGCGCCCAGUUUCGAUAGUAAGAGUUCUUGGUACAACGCGCCAGAUUUCCUGUACAAGUCACCGGAAUACUGGCCAUCGAAACCUUCGCCAAUUAAGUUGGAGACAGAUGUUGAACUUCGUGCAGUGUUCAUGUUACACGGUACAAUACAGCCACCGCUGAUAGACAUUUCUAGAUUUUCGAACUGGAACCGACUGUUAAGAGCCACAGCAUACGUUAUACGAGGUGUUCAUCGUUUCAAGGGUGAGCAAAGUCCGAAACCAGUUAUAUUGACUCAGCAGGAACUCAAGAAUGCUGAAAACUUACUGUGGAGACAGAUACAAGCUGAUGCUUAUCCCGACGAAGUAGCGAUUCUGAAACGUAAUCGAACGUUUCCGGAAAGUGCAGUAUCAAUUCCGAAAUCGAGUCCGAUAUAUCGUUUUUCGCCGUUCCUGGAUGAGGAGGAAAUCAUUCGGAUGAACAGCAGAAUUACAGCGGCGCCGGGGGUUCCAUUAGAAGCAAAGUUACCAGUUUUGUUGCCGAAGAAGCAUUCGGCGACGGUUCGUCUUGUGGAUCAAUAUCAUAGGCGGUUCCUACACGGAAAUGGAGAGACGGUGUGUAAUGAGUUGCGUCAACGCUUCUGUAUUCCAGGUCUACGAGGUUUGAUCCGAGAAGUAUCCGGAACCAACUCUAAAACCAGAUGGCACUUCAACCCACCUUCAGCACCACACAUGGGUGGAUCAUGGGAGCGGAUGGUACGCUCCAUGAAGACUGCCAUGUUAGCAAUAGCCGAUCAUCCACACCAUCCGAGCGACGAAGUUCUGGAGACAGUACUCCUAGAAGUUGAAGCUAUUGUCAAUUCCAGGCCGCUCACGUACAUACCGCUGGAGUUUGCAGAGCAAGAAUCAUUAACACCAAACCACUUCCUGCUCUUCGGUACAAAAGGUAUUUCGCAAAACGAGAUGGCGAUCAACUUAGGUGGUAGUGCAUUAUGGAAUAGCUGGCGUCUUGCGCAAAAUUUGGUGCAUCACUUCUGGACACGUUGGAUUCGUGAGUACCUUCCAACAAUCAGCAGGCGCACCAAGUGGUUCGAACCAACGAAGCCACACGAACCUGGAGAUUUGGUUUUAGUCGUCGAUGAAGGAAAACGAUAUGGGUGGCUCAGAGGUCAGGUCGUAGAUGUGAUCAAAGCAGCUGACGGACAAGUACGGCGAGCGGUGGUGCAGACGAAGAACGGGCUAGUGACUCGACCAGCUGUAAAGCUGGCUCCCCUGGAUCUCAAAGUAUCUGGGUCCUCCGGAACUACACGGCCUCCCGUGCAGAAAUUAGGUUCCUCUUGUGAUUACUACUUUCAACAGGAUAACGACCCGAAGCAAACUGAUCUCAUCGUGUGGGAGUGCCUGCUCUGUAAUCUCCCAAUUAACUCAAAACAUCUCCGCAAUCACUUGAACACCAUUGAGCAUAUAUGGUGGGAAAUCAAGAGCCGUCUGAAGAAUAAAAACUCAGGGAACAAAGUGGAACACAAAACGAUUGAGGAGAUCUGGAAGAACAUUCCGUCUGCAGUGACCAGAAAUCUCGCCUCGGGGCUUGCAGGCAGUGCUGGACGUUAA